AACCCAAAAAAAAAAAAAAAAAAAAAACACGCCAAGUCGCCAACCCCAAAAAUCCCCCGAAUCUCAAUCCGUCCUGCAACGCAACUUCCCCAAAUCGUCUUUUCGUUUUUGACGUCGGUGAUGAUGAGCAGCUGCUCCUUAUUAACACUCCCAUCAUCGUCGUCAUCAAUCUUAAUCUUCAUCUCGUAGUCUCUUCCGGUUAAUUGAUUUCGUUUCAUCAUCCCAAAAAAUUCAGAAAAUCCUGAAAAAAAAAGGAUCGGAAAAUGUACGUAACGGCGGUGCGACCGACGGAUCUGAAUCGGAACACGGAGUGGUUCACGUACCCCGGAGUCUGGACCACCUACAUUCUUAUGGUGUUUUUCUCGUGGCUCACCGUUCUCUGCCUCUUCUCUUGCUCUCCCGGCAUGGCCUGGACCGUCGUCCACCUCUCCCACUUCCUCGUUACUUAUCACUUUUUUCACUGGAAGAAAGGAACACCAUUUGCAGAUGAUCAGGGUAUCUACAAUGCACUGACAUGGUGGGAGCAAAUAGACAAUGGCAACCAACUCACUCGAAACAGAAAGUUUCUAACUGUUGUGCCUGUUGUGUUGUACUUGAUAGCCUCACACACGACGGACUAUCAAAAUCCAAUGCUCAUCUUUAACACGCUAGCAGUUUUUGUGUUGGUAGUUGCAAAGUUCCCAAACAUGCACAAGGUUCGUAUAUUCGGAAUCAACGCUGAUCACUGAUCUCUCUAAACGAUCAAGCUUGACUAUAGUUUUCUUGGUCUAGUCAUAUGAGUUUUCUUGGUCUAAUCAUAUUGGCAUUCGGACAUAAUGGUAGAAUCCCUGUUGAAAUGUUGAAACUGGAAACAGUGUAUUGUUUUUUGGAUGAAGUGAAAUUUUUUACCCCUCCGCUGCUCUCUGUUGCAUUCAAACCAGACGGGCGACUGGCAAAAUGUCUGCAUUUGAUUUUCUCUUUGUAAGUGCUAUCAUUGCUGAGUUUCAGUGCUCUUAUUUGUUUCCGGAUAGAAAAGUUUACGUUUCGUUACCCCGUAUUUAUAUUCUCCCAAGGAUUCAAAAUCCUUGGGUGUAUUUUUUCUAAUCGUGGCCGGUUCCCGUCCCUGUUGACGAUAAUGCUGUAGAAACAUUAUUGAAGAUGGACCCUGGACAUCUCUCCA